AGUAAAUGUUUUUACUAAAUACUAAAUAAUCACGUACCAAAUAGUUUAAAUUUGAAGUUUAUUUAAAAGUCCAACAAAUAUGAAACCUCUAAAAAUCCUAUUUGUUUGUAUUGGUAAUACUUGUCGCUCACCAAUGGCAGAAAGCGUAAUGAAGCACUGGUUGGAGGAAUAUGAUCUCAACUGGACGGUGGACAGUGCUGGCUUGAGAACGUGGAAUGUUGGACGUAAGCCGAAUGAACGCUGUAUUAAAGUACUAGAGGAGAAUGGUUUAACAACAGAUCAUAUCGGUAGACAAAUUUCAACAAUGGACUUUUACAAUUAUGACUACAUACUUGCCAUGGAUGAACAUAAUUUGCAAGAGCUACAAACACUUGCCAAAGACCCAAGUCAAGAAAGAUGUGCAAAAAUCGAACUUCUCGGAAAGUAUAUUGAUCGACCGGAAGACCAAAUCAUACGUGAUCCAUAUUUUUGCAAUUCAAUGGGUGGAUUCCGUUGCGCGUUUCUACAAAUAACUGAAAGCUGUCAAAAUUUCAUAGCCGCACACAUGUAUGCCGAUUAGAACUAUUAAGAAAACAAAAAACUAAAAAAAA